AUGGUGGCUUCAAUAUUUUUCUCGCUGUCGAGUUGUGCGCCUUUAAAGCUUCAAGAACAAAGUGAGGACCCCGACAUUUAUCGGAAUGCGAGCGAACUGAUCCGAGACAGAGGUUAUCCUGUAGAGGAACAUUACGUCACCACACAGGAUGGCUACAUUCUAAACUUGCAGCGGAUUCCACACGGCAGAAACACUAUUAAAAGCGGCGGAUCUCCCAAACCAGUUGUUUUUCUUCAGCAUGGUUUGACCAUGGAUAGCACCAAUUGGGUAUUAAACGGGCCUUCAGAUAGUCUUGGUUACAUCUUGGCAGACAGGGGCUUUGAUGUUUGGCUUGGAAACAUCCGGGGUAACAAAUACUCACAGAGGCAUGUAAAACUGGACCCGAGUGAGGAUGCAUUCUGGGAUUGGAGGUAA